AUGGAAGUCCCCCAACCCCGUUCCCCUCCAGUGGCGGCUGGCGAGGGGGAGGGCAAGAAGCCAGGGCUGAGCACCUCCACCCUGCAGGUGAUGUUCUGUACCCUCAACACCCACAAAGUGGACAUGGACAAGCUCCUGGGGGGCCAGAUCGGGCUGGAGGACUUCAUCUUCGCCCACGUCAAGGGGCAGCGCAAGGAGGUGGAGGUGUUCAAGUCGGAGGACGCGCUAGGGCUCACCAUCACGGACAACGGGGCUGGCUACGCCUUCAUCAAGCGCAUCAAGGAGGGCAGCGUGAUCGACCACAUCCAGCUCAUCAGCGUGGGCGACAUGAUCGAGGCCAUCAACGGACAGAGCCUGCUGGGCUGCCGGCACUACGAGGUGGCCCGGCUGCUCAAGGAGCUGCCCCGGGGCCGCACCUUCACCCUGAAGCUCACGGAGCCCCGCAAGGCCUUCGACAUGAUCAGCCAGCGCGCAGGGGGUGGCCGCCCUGGCUCCGGCCCACAGCUGGGCACCGGCCGAGGGACCCUCCGGCUCCGAUCCCGCGGCCCUGCCACCGUGGAGGACCUGCCCUCCGCCUUUGAGGAGAAGGCCAUCGAGAAGGUGGACGACCUGCUGGAAAGUUACAUGGGCAUCAGGGAUACAGAGCUAGCGGCCACCAUGGUAGAGCUGGGGAAGGACAAAAGAAACCCAGAUGAGCUGGCCGAGGCCCUAGACGAGCGCCUCGGUGACUUUGCCUUCCCCGACGAGUUCGUCUUUGACGUCUGGGGCGCCAUCGGUGACGCCAAGGUCGGCCGCUACUAGGACUACUGCUGGACCUCGCCAGAUGACCGGGGCACAGCCUGGUGGGGGCUCCCAGAGGAGACGCCAUGGCUCGGGGACCCAGGCGUCCAGCUUGGGCCCAGCUCAGCCAUCAAGGGCAAUGCCAUGCGGAGGGGCGGCAGGCCCGGGCCCCUGCCCCGCUCCAAUCGGUACCACCCCUCUCCCUGGCUCCCAGUCUGGCUGGGAUCCUCGGCGCCCUCCCCUGCUCCCCACCUACCUCAGCCGGGUCAGGCGCAGGGAGGGAUUGGCCACACUGGGGAGCCACCCCCACCCGGGACACUUUCCACCAUCAGCUGCCAAACUGGUCCCUCUGUCUCCCUGGGGCCUUGGUUCUGUUGGGAGUUGUGACCUUCCUAGUUUCCUGACGCAGGGAAUGCAGAAGGGGGGGGCUUUCGCCCCCCAGCAAAUGCAAUAAUGCCCUUCCCCCCUCCUGAGAGGAGCCCCCUCCCAGUGGAGUCUGUUACCUCCGCAUUGGAAACGAGUCUGCUGUGAACCCCUAGACUCCGCCCCACCCCCAUCCCUCCCACCAGGGCCCUCCCUGACUGAGCAGGAGAGCAUGGGGGCUGUGGGAGGCUUUUGUAUCUGAAUUUGCUGUCUUGAACAUAAAGAAUCUAUCUGCUGUGGGA